AUGUCCCUCUCAUCACGCACCCUCCGCAACCUCCCCUCCAUACCACGACGCCUCCAUCCCUCCACACCACGCCGGCGACACAACAGCACAUUCGAAUCGAAACCCUACCGACCCUACGAACCCCCCUCACCAAAACCCGCACCCUCCCAAUGGACGCCCAAAGCCGCGCUCGCGCUCGGCUGCGCCUUAAGUUUCGCUUUCACAGCCGGGAAAGCGUAUCAGAAGAUGCAGCAGCUGAAUGUGGAUUACGACCGCGAUGAUAAAUUUAGAGCGCCGCGGUAUGCGAGUGUGAAGGAGAUGGAGAAGGCGAUUUCCGAGAUUGAAACUGUUCUUGGGAGAGACGCGAUUAGUAGAGAUGAAGAAGAAUUAAAACAGCACGGGUAUUCGGAGUGGUCGCCUGCUAAUAUUUCAACAUUGCCUAUUGCUGUUGUGUAUCCGAAGUCUACGGACGAGGUAUCGAAAAUCGCACAGAUAUGCCAUAAAUACAAAGUCCCCAUGACAGCCUACUCCGGCGGCAGCAGUCUCGAAGGCAAUUUCUCCGCUCCUUACAGCGGGAUCUCCAUCGACUUCAGGGAGAUGUCCAAGAUCCUCGCCUUCCACGAAGAAGACAUGGACGUCGUCGUCCAACCAGCCGUCAACUGGGUCUCGCUCAACACAACCAUCUCCUCCUCCGGCCUCUUCUUCCCCGUAGACCCCAGCCCCAGCGCGCAAAUCGGGGGCAUGGUCGGCACAAACUGCAGCGGCACGAACGCGGUCCGGUACGGCACGAUGAAAGAUUGGGUUGUGAAUCUGACGGUUGUGCUUGCUGACGGCACUAUCAUCAAGACACGUGGACGGCCGCGGAAGUCGGCCGCGGGGUAUAAUCUGAAUGGGUUGUUUGUCGGGUCUGAAGGGACGUUGGGGCUGGUUACGGAGGUUACGUUGAGGUUGGCGGCGGUGCCGAGGGAGUGUGGUGUUGCGUCUUGUGUUUUUACUAGUGUGCGUGAUGCGGCGAGUACGGCGUCGAGUAUUAUGCGUGCGGGUGUGCAGGUCGCGGCGGUUGAGUAUCUGGAUGCGACGCAGAUGAAAGUUCUCAAUGAUGGGGCCUAUACAGCGCCGAAAUUCUGGAAGGAGGCGCCGACGUUGUUCUUUAAGUUCUCUGGAUCCAAGGCGAGUAUCGCGGCGGAUAUCAAGGAGGUUAAAAGUAUAGUAGCUGCGCAUAAGGGCAGUGAUUUCGAGUUCGCGAGAAGUAAGGAGGAGGGAGAUGUUAUUUGGAGUGGACGCAAACAGGCGUUGUGGAGUUUACUGGCUGCGAGGCCUGAGGGGACGGAGUUGUGGACGACGGAUGUUGCGGUGCCUGUUUCGAGGUUGGCGGAUAUGAUUGAGGAAUCCCAAAAAGGCAUCAAAGACCUAGGUCUCUUCUCCUCAAUCGUCGGCCACGUCGGCGACGGCAAUUUCCACGAGGCUAUCAUGUACCAUCGUAACGAUCCCGCAGAAACAGCUGCUGUCACCGAACACGUGAAGAAGAUGACCCUGAAGGCUUUGGAGAUGGAAGGGACUUCGAGUGGCGAACACUCCAUAGGCCUCUUCAAAAAAGCAGAACUCCUACAGGAACUCGGCCCUGAUACGCUGGGCGUCAUGAAGAGUAUCAAGGCGUCAUUAGACCCGCACUGGCUCUUGAAUCCGGGGAAGAUAUUCGAUACACCAACAGCGACGGGUCGAGUUUGGAAAUGGCAGCAGAAAUAA